CUUCUCACUUCACUCACGCGCUGGGAGGGUUCCUACCCUGCCGCGUGUGUCAGCUCCCUGCUACCAAGCCUUCCCUCUGCGAGUCCACAGCUCCGCUUCUGCCCCAGACGCGCUGUGCCUGGCCCGAAGGUGACAUGGGCUUUCCCCCAGUCCCAGAGGCCAGCGGCCAGCGCUGGGGACCUGUGCUCCUCGCUCUCUUCUUGGCUGCCUCCCAAGGUCUGGUGACAGCCUUCAAGGUGGCCACGCCAUAUUCCUUGUAUGUGUGUCCUGAGGGGCAGAACGUCACCCUCACCUGCAGAAUCUUGAGCUCCACGGCCAAAGCACAUGACGUCACCUUCUAUAAGACAUGGUUCCGCAGCUCACGAGGCGAGGUGCAGGUCUGUUCUGAACGGCGGCCUAUCCGCAACCUCACGUUCCAGAAUCUUCACCUGCACCACAGUAGCCACCAGACCGCCAACACCAGCCAUGAUCUGGCCAGGCACCAUGGUUUAGAGUCGAUCUCUGACCACCAUGGCAACUUCUCCAUCACCAUGCUUAACCUAACCCUACUGGACAGCGGCCUCUACUGCUGCCUCGUAGUGGAGAUCAAGCACCACCACUCGGAGCAGAGGGUCCAUGGUGCCAUGGAGCUGCAGGUGCAGAGAGGUGACGAAGCACCAUCCAAGUGCAUCGCAUACCCAGCCUCCCCCAGGGAGAGUGAAAGCAUCACGGCUGCCGCCCUGGCUACGGGCGCCUGCAUUGUGGGCAUCCUCUGCCUUCCCCUCAUCCUGCUCCUGGUCUACAAGCAAAGGCAGGUGACCUCCAACCGCCGUGCCCAGGAGCUGGUGCGGAUGGACAGCGGCAAUGCUCAAGGAAUUGACAACCCAGGCUAUGAAGUUGCUCCUUCCACCCGUGGGAUGCCUGAGGCCAAGCCCAGGCCCCCACUGACCUACGUGGCCCAGCGGCAGCUUUCUGAGUCCGGGCGGCACCUGCUGUCUGAGCCCAGCACUCCUCUGUCUCCACCGGGCCCCGGGGAUGUCUUCUUCCCAUCCCUAGACCCCGUUCCUGACUCCCCAAACUCUGAGGCCAUCUAGACCAACUAGGGGCCAGUGGUCAGCUGUGGCUGGGCCCGGGGCAGGUGCAUUUGGGCCAGGCUGGCCCUUAGUGGUCCCUUGGCCUUGGACCUGGUUUCCUCCCUUCUGCUCUGAGCCCAGACUCUUUGAGAUACCCCUGAUGGCCAGAUUCUUAACCCCUCUGGAUGCUACAUGGCAAAAAGGAGAAGGCGUUGAAGCACUCAGCCCCUAUCUCAAGAAUGGUGGGGUGCUGGGGUCCCAUCCCAGAGACCUGAAAUUCACCAGCUACAGAUGCCAAAUGACCUACAUCUGAAAAGCCCCGGAAUUUCCAGCUCUGGGACAGCCUCUCUGGGACAUGAGCCUUGGUACUCAACAAGACAGAUGGGACAAGAUGAACACUGAGCAGAACCGCGCACCCCUCUCUCCCCACCAUGCUACCCUCCCGGGAAUGAGACACAGGACCCGACGUGGAGAGAUUUCUCCUCACUGCAUUGGACUGGCUCCCAGCUCUCGCCUGAGGCUGUUCAUCUGUUAGACUCACUCUUUGUAUCCGUGGGGCUCUGGGGCUGGGCCUGCCUGCCCCGGGGCCAUGGGAGCCUCCCCCAACUGCCUCCUACCAGUUACCUCUCCUUGAAGCUGCCAACAGGUUAAACACACGUGGGGCUCCUACUGCCUGCAUACUGGUCUCCUGAGUUCACUGGCCAGAUGCCCCAAAACGGGAAGUACACAUUGGGGCACAGUGGCCCUUGUGAGCCAACUGGCAUCUUGGGCAACAGAGGCCGGGCCAGAGGUUACACACCUGCCCCAGAUGGAGGUGAGGGAGAGCCCAGGGGCCUGCUGGGAAGGUGAGUGGAGAGGGUUCCACUUCCCCUGCCUUCCCCAUCACCCUCCUCCACUGCUCAUUGUGGCCAAUAGAGAGAGUGACGACAUAAUGUAUUGUCCAAACUGUGACGCCUUUGAGACUGAAGAGGGGGUGCUAUUGAAAAGUACAGGGGCAACAGGUGCAAACCCUGUGGAUGGAUUGUUAAAAGCUCGGUAUCAAUCCCUACUCUGCUUCUGAGGGAACCCCCUCUGCAUUGUUCUUCCGUUCCACUCAGUCCACUGAGUGCUCGCGGCAGAGUGACCCUGGUAGGCGGGAGGAGCAGGACAGAGCCAUAGAAGGGUUUGUGGCCACUCUGCUCUGCACCCUCUGUUCCCACCUCCUGCUUCAGGGCAUAACUCAAGUUUGUUUUUACACAUAUGCAGGGAAGUCCUUUGUGGAAUUUUUAUUAAAGGGCUAUAAAGCAUGAGAA